AUGGCACAGGUAUCUCGUGUACAACAGGCUCUAGAGAAUGUGCUCGGCUCGCAACAGACCGGCUCAGGCAAGGACUUGUCCAACGCAGCCACGGUAGCCGGCCUCCUCUUUGCCUCCCUCCCGCCACGAUUUGCUGACUAUGCUGCUGCCUUUGAAGGCAUUCCCGUCGAUCUCCUAGAUGGCUACUCGCUUGACGACCUCGAGUCAUUGGGUGUGCCCAAGCAGGAUACCGGUCACGUCAGAGUCACCUUUGCUCGCUUUGUCCGCGCUCUCAAUGCCGUUCCUUCUCAUGAUCUCCUCGCUGGCGAGCUCAACGAUGACGGUCCCGCAGUCGCCAAAGUGCCGCCGCCAUUGUCGCUGGCUGGGGCCGAUCCAGCCGAAGCCGCCAAAGCAAAGGCUGAGGCCAAGGCCAAGGCCAAGGCCGAAGCCAAGGCUAGAAAGCGCCGCAAGCGCGAGGAGAAGCUGGAGCGGCAGCGGAUCCGCAAGGCAGAGGCCAGGGCUGCCGCUGCCGCUGCUGCACUCAAGGCCGCCGAGGCCGAUGCUGCCGCUGCCGCUGCCGCAGCUGCCGCCGCCGAGGCUGAUGCUGCGCUCGCAGCCGCCGAUGCCAAGGCCGCUGCCGCUGCCGCCGAGGUCGAGGUUGUCAAGCGCUCGCGCAAGCGGAAGCGCGGCGCAAGCCCGUCGCCCGAGCCGCAAGAUGUGACUGCCAUCGCCACCACGCCGCCGCUCACCGCUGUGUCUCCUGCUGACGACGACACGCCUGUCCGUCCGUCGAAGCGUCGCAAACGGGGUGCUGAACCUGAAUCUGCCCAGCAACCUGCUGUCCUUCCUGACGUACCCUCAUCGUCAGACUCGAGCUCGGACUCGGAUUCGAGCUCGGACUCGGAUUCGAGCUCGGACUCGGAUUCGAGCUCAGUCUCGGACUCGGACUCGGCCUCAGGCUCUGCCUCAGACUCGGCCUCAGACUCGGCCUCCUCAUCCGGCUCGGAAUCAAGCUCGGACGCAGACUCGGGCGCGUCGUCCGCCACUGCGCUGGCGGCCGCCCGCGCCGGUUACGCCAAGGCGCGUCGGCUCGCCAAGUCGGCCCAGGCUAACAAGGAUGCGAUCGAUGCGCAUCCGGCAGCGCCGCUCACUGUGGCGCCGCCUCCGGCCGAGCGUGAAGCGCUGGCGUCGCCUUCGCCCGAGCCGUCGCCGGAGUCGUUGCGCACCCGUCGCCCGUCGCCGCCGCCCCCCAUCCGCCAUGCCCCGCCCAAGAGCGCUGCCGCUGAGUCAGCUCUCGCGCGGGCGCAGGCCGCUGAUGUAGGCUCCCCCUCGCCGCUGUCGACCUCUUCGUCGUCGUCGUCGUCAUCGUCCACAUCGUCCGACUCGGACGACGAUCUUGACGCGCCUGCACCGAUGGAGGUCGCACAAGACGUGCCUUCUCGUCCGCGUGUGCAGAUUCCUGUUCCGGUCCCGCACCCGCCGUUUGACGAUGACGCCGGCACCGAGUCCGAGUCCGAGUCCGACUCGUCCGACUCGCUCUCGGACGUCUCAACGUCGGACUCGUCCGACGAUGCGGCGGCAUCGGCGUUUGCCACGCUCAUGCAGCAGCCGGCAACAUCGCCGGCGUCGGCGCUGUCGCGGCAGGUCCCAACCUCGCCGCUCGCGCGGGUCAACACGCCGUCGAUCAUCCAGUCGUCGUUUGUGCGGCGAACGCAGGCUCAGUCGGCGUCCAACGCCGCGCUCAACGCUGCGCUCCUCCGGUCGCUCCGCUCCAAGCGCAACGGUAACGGCUCGCUCAUUGCCGCGGGCCUUGUCACUCCGACGCCGUCGGCCCGUCAUGUCAUCGCCGCCACGCCGUCGACCGCAGAGCUAGCGCGUUCGCUGCCGUUUACCCAGGCGGCGCAGCUUGACAAGGAAGAAGUCGAUACUCUUUACUCGGCCAUCAACGCCGACGACCUGUCGUACAUCGAGUCAAUCGUCAAUGACGAGGAGCGCUGGUAGCUGGUGUGAUGGCUGUCGAAGAUGGUGGCGCGAUGAAUGAACUCGAUCAUGGUCGCCGCCGCUUCUCUGCUCACCCUGUCUGCGAGCACAGCUACAAACCGGGCCCGGGAAGUGCGGCGGAGCAAGCCCAU